AUGCAAUCAAUUAGUGAAUUGUUAUGUGAUUUAAGUCGAUAUGAAUUAUAUUCAGCGAUAUAUCGACUCAAACGUGAAGUCAAUUAUAACAAUCAAUUGAUUGAUGAAUUAGUGAUACCUGUAUUGUCUGCCAAUGAAUGUAAUGAUAAUAAUAAUAUUAGCGAAACAAUUAUUGCCGAUAAAAAUGUCGCAAACAAUUUGGUCAUCAAUGAAGACAACAAUAACAACAACAAUAUUCAGACAAAUAAAGUGAACAAUGAUUUGGAUAUAAGUAAUGAUAAUAAUAAUAGAGAUAUUAAUGAAGACAUUGAUUGUCAAUCAAAUGGUAGCGAAACAGAUGUAUACAACAGUUGUGAUGGUUUACAACAACAACAGAGUAAUAGUAGUGAUGAAGAAGUCAAAGACAAGAAGAGAGUUAAACAAACAGUUAAGAAGAAGAAGAAGAUUAAGAAGAGAAGUACCGAUAAUAAAGAAAAACUAUUGAAUAUAACUGAAUGCCGACAACCGGACGGUACAUAUCGGUGUCAAUGGACGGACUGUAUGCAAACAUAUAGACAUUUACAAGAUUUCAAUCGACAUAUGCAUAGACAUAAGGGAACCUAUAGGUGUGAUAUCGACAAUGAGUGUCAGUAUAUUACCGAUCGUCCGGGUCUUUUGAAAGCACAUCGAUUGASUCAUACAAAGAAUUCAAGUAAUGAAAUGAAUAAAACAGUGGUAAAGAAGACGAAGAAGAAGAAGUUGAAGAAGAAAAAGUCAACGACAGCUGUUGUUGUUAAGAAGCGAAUCAUAUCGGCUGAUGAACUGAAAGCCAUUGAAUUGUUUGAUACGAAAAAAUGUCGACAAACUGACGGAACGUAUAGGUGUCCAUGGGUUGGAUGUUCAAAACUAUUGAACAGUCGUUCAGCGUUUAGUAAGCACCGACACCAACAUUUGGGUACAUUCAAGUGUCCGAUCGAUUCGUGCAAUUUUAUGGCCGACAGUAACAGUGGUUUGAAAAUACAUGAAUCGGUUCAUUCGGAUGAUAAGCCAUACGAGUGCCGGGAUUGUCGUAAAUGUUAUUCAUCGAAACAYUUACUACAUAGUCAUCGAUUGACUAAACAUCCCGAUGCCUAUCCCGACAUAUCAUAUAUGAAUUGUCUGGAAACAGGUUGUACUUAUCGUACAAAACUUUUGGGUGAAUUUAAUAAACAUAAAGCAAGACAUAGUUUACCAAUUGUUUGCGCUGAUUGUGGUAAACGUUUUCAAAGCAAUUAUAUGCUUCGGGAUCAUCAAACCAAACACCAGUCGGUCAGACAACACAAAUGUCAAGUGUGUGGCAAACAGUUUAAGUCGAUUAAAGCCCAGACACAUCAUUAUAGCCUACAUCACCAACAAAUGGACUAUACCUGUGAUUACAAUGGUUGUAACGAGACGUUUACUAUUAAACAUUUAUAUCAUAAACAUCGGAAAUCACACGUCAAGGACAACAACAAUCCCCGUCCRCACGCGUGUGAGUGGCCGGGAUGUGAGCGUAGGUUUAUGAAAAGCGCUGAGAUGACUUACCACAUGAAUACACAUUCGGGUGAUAUUGUCUACCGGUGCUCGUGGCCUGAAUGUGAUAAGUCAUUUAUAGUAAAAUCAUCGUAUGAUAUGCAUGUGGCCCGACACCAGGGUAAAAAUACWUACCGGUGCUCGUGGCCUGAAUGUGAUUACAGUACACAAAACACURUUAGACUUAAAAGUCAUAUAAUGAAACACAAGGAUAUAGUAGUCGACGAYAAAUAG